AUGCCUGCAGACUCAACCACUCCUCCUCCCGGUCGCCGUCUCUUCCCCGACGCCAUAGAUGAAAUCGCGGAAAACGACCCGACCAGACCGUGGGCUUCGAUUCCUUUAUCAUCCAAUCUAUCCCAUGGUUAUAGAGAUGUCUCGUUUCGCAGUUUUGCCAAUGCCAUCAACCGCGCUGCAUGGUUCAUCGAGUCGACCUUUGGCCACUCGGCCGAUUCUCCAACUCUGGCUUAUGUCGGCAAGUCUGACAUGAGAUAUCACAUCUUGGCCAUGGCAGCCGCCAAAACUGGCUAUCAGGUUCUGUUUUCCUCCCACAUCAACAGCCUUGCAGCCCACUUGAAUCUGCUCCAACUAUGCAAAUGCCAUCUUUUCUUGUCUGCAGAAGGCGUGGACGUCUCGGACAUAUUAGCUGCUCGCUCCAUGAACCAUGCCGUCUGCCCGGAGUUGGAUGAGCUCCUUGACCCUUCUCCCGCAGACAAGUACCCGAUGCCCAAAACUUUCGACCAAGCUGCCCGAGAUACUUUCUUGAUCUUGCACAGUUCAGGUACCACCGGCCUCCCAAAGCCCAUUCGCAUCACACAUGCUCAGAUGGCGGCCAAUGACCAAAUUACCCAGCUGCCUGAGGAGUGUCAGUGUGGAGGCCCUGGUUUCCGCAGGCUCAACCCCAUCAACGUUACAGCGGGGCGACUGAUUGUACCAUUUGCCCCCUUUCAUGUCAUCAGCGUCAUAAUCCUUAUGUGUUUUACUGUCUUUGGCAAGACCGUUUACGUCUUUGGACCUUCGGACCGGAGCAUGAAUGCAUCGGACUUGCUCGACGCUGUUGAGUAUGGUAACGGAGACUGCAUCUUCUGUGCUCCAGCGCUGCUAGAGAAGUAUGCGUCCUCGGAACAAGAUCUUGCCAGGCUAAGCCCAUUAUCCAGCAUCACAUAUGGCGGUGGCGUACUGUCACCUCGAGCCGCAACCAUCCUUACAACCCGCCUCAAGAACACUACCUUUACUCAAUUCUUUGGCGCGACCGAGAGCGGGUGGUGGGCUCUGUAUCAAGUAGGCACGGAGGAUAUGGAGUAUGUAUCGGUAGAUGCAUGCCAUAUGGGCAUUGAAUGGCGGCCCGUAGCGGCCGACAGCGACAAUCAACCACCGAUCGACAGUGACUCGAAGUUACAGCCGGCCGCCAACACGCUGUACGAACCGGUUAUAGUCCGUUUUGAGGAUCCUACAGCCGCAUCUCGGCAGACCAUCUUCCAAACAUUCCCGGACUUGAAUGAAUACGCGACAGGCGAUCUCUUCGCGCCUCAUCCGCGUCGACCCAAUACAUGGAAAUUCGCAGGUCGAGUCGACGACCUGAUCCUCUUUGGCCACGGCAUCAAAUUUCACCCUGCGGGCAUCGAGGCCAGGAUUCAGCACAGCCAUGACCGGAUCCAGGAGGUGCUGUUGUGGGGAGACAGGCACCAACAAGCAAUCACAUUGAUUGAGCUGACGGACGAGGGUCUAAGGGAUAUGGAGCGCGGAGGGCAAGACGCGGCGCGGCUGCGCAGUGAAAUAGACCUCCUGAUCGACAAGGUCAACGUUGAGGCACCCCUAAUUGCAAAGCUCGCCAAGACGCAUGUUAUCUACGUCACGCGAGAGAAGCCUCUUCCUCGCACGUCAAAGGGCAGUUUGCGCCGCAAGGGGGCGGCGCGAGUCUACCAGGCCGAGAUUGAUCAGGUAUACCGCGACCAUGGAGACCAGAUGAUGGGUAGCAUGAUGUCGAGGGUGCACAAUUAA